GGGAGCCCGGGAACCCGGGAGGGAGUGGGGCUUAACUGCGGGGGCUUCUUCAUUCAUGGCUUGGGCCAGGCACUCAUUGGAUGGACCAUCAACUCUCCUGCAGGCACUGAAGUGACUUCACAAACACUGGCUGUGAGCGAAGGUCCUCGCACAGGUGGCACGUCUUCUCAGAGAAAAAGGUUUAGAGAGACAUGGAGCUUGAAAGAAUCAUUCGAGACACACUGACACGCUUCAUCCAGUCCCACAUCCCUGCAGCAGAUCUCAGUGGGAUGGAUGAUGUUUUCUUCUCUUAUAUCACGGGUGUCCUGGAGGAGCUGGGCUCACCAGAGUCCUCUGAGGAGAAUUUUGACAUGGACACCUUUGUGGAAAUGAUGGAGGCAUAUAUCCCUGGAUUUGCAGAAAUCCACAGUGGGGAUGUUUGCGAAAUGAUGUUCUCCCUCUCAGAAAGGCUUGGUGAAGCUCGCAACAAAGAAAAACCUGGCCAAAAGGCUGUGGAAAGCAGGAGUGAAGCACCCUCUGAAGACCUCACCAAGGGCCAGGAGCCUGGAGCUGGAGCCUGCAACGGGGAAAGGCUGUGCACUGUAACAGACGGAGCCAGGGCCCAGGAAGACGAUGACUUGAAGGAUGGGUUGGAGCUGCUACUGGAGAUGUUCCCAGCCUGUACCGUGAGCCAGGCAGAGAAGGCUCUUGCCAUGGCCUUGGGGAACUUGGAGGAGGCAGUGCAGUUAAUUGUGGAGGAGAAGGUGGAAAUUGGCCCAUCAGGUGUGAGUGUGAAGGAACUGGCACGGCCCCGCAGAACACCCAACCACGAGGAACUAAAACAGGUUAUCCUACAGAAAUACAUGAUGGUGGAUAGUGCAGAUGAUCAGAAAACACAUCGGCCAGCUCCACCCAAAGAGGCUCCCAAGAAGUUGAUCCGCUAUAUCGAUAACCAGGUGGUGAGUACAAAAGGAGAGAGGUACAAAGACAUCAAGAAGCCUGAGAGUGAAGAGAUGAAAAGAACCUAUAUCAGCCUAAAACCAGCCAGGAAGUACAAGUUCCACUGACAGCCAGGUUCUCCUGCUCUUCAGCCUUCCACCUCACUGGCCAGGCAUGGCAGGAUGGACUGUGGUGCUAGGAAUGAGGGACUCCUCCACCUGCCACUAACUUGAACUAACCUGGGAGCCAGGACACUGUUUUCAGCUUCCUCAACUAACCUAGUUGACAAGGAGGAGACUUCUCUCCAUGGGUAGCUAUCCCUCUGCCCCCAGGGGCACACUGCAGUGACUCUCUGGAGCCUGGGCAUUCUCUGCUCUAUAUUGCAUGGGACAUUUUUAGAUCUGAGAUGUGGCUUGUGCUUUUGCAGCAACCUUUUUAACAAGUCUCUGUGCACUGUUGCUUUGAGUGCCAGUAUUAAUAAAGAUGAUGUGAGUUGGUGUGUA